AUGGCUCAGUUGGAUUCAGCUCUCGAAGAUCAUACUACUAAAGAAAAUGGUGAAUCAAUCGUUGUUGUAGAUGGACAGAAGCUGAAUGAUAUGAGACGACGACAGUUUUGGUCACUAAACAAUGUUCGUGUCCAUUGGACUGAUCCUUUAUUUCGUAAAAUGUUAUGGAAUAUUCUGUUAUUAUCAUGGUCGUGGAGUCUUGGUGAAGGCAUAUUUUUCAUUCAAAUAAGCACAACUACAGUAGCAGCUACAACUUUUGCCAAUUGGUAUCUAGCAACAGUGCCUAUUGGCACUAUGCUCUGUAUUGGUACUAUUUGGUCCGCAUUUUUACCACGAGCCAUCGCUCGUUUUGGCUAUCGACUGCCAUUCUAUUUCGGUGCACUGAUGGGCAUGAUCGGAACUGGACUUUGCAUUGUGGCAACAUGGUAUAAACACUACUGGUUGUUAAUAGUAGCCGCUGGAUUCAUAGGUGGACAGGUACCGUGUACAUUGUACUACCGUCUAGUAGCAUUACAGUUUUCGAGCAAAGAAUUUGCUCCAAAAGCAAUUGCGAUGGUUGCUGCUGGUGGUUGUCUGUCUGCUGUUUUUGGACCAGAAAUAGCCAAACAUGUAGUAAAUGCACUACCAAAGCCCUACAGCGGUUCUUAUUUAGUUGCAUUGGUUGAAUGUAUGCUAAUUCUAAUUACUAUGAGAAUAAUCCAAUUUCCCGACGUUAAAAAAGCACACAAUACACUAGUAUCCAGUUCUUUAUCAAUGAUCGCGGACAGCAAUCCUACUAAAACUGGUCGUUCAAUAUUUACGAUAGCUAGCCAACGAACAUUUCUAAUCGCUGCUCUUGGUGGUUUUGUUUCAUGGUCAGCAAUGGCCAUUCAAAUGUCUGCUACACCAGUGGCAAUGACUGGUGCUGGACACAAAUUUGUUCAAGUGACAGCAGCUGUUCAAUACCAUCUAUUGGGUAUGUUUGCACCAUCAUUUUUUACUGGAACUCUAUGUAAUUGGUUUGGAAGUCGGCUGGUGAUGUUAACUGGCUUUUUGAUUGAAUUGACGGGGACACUAUUAUUUCAACGUGGCUUUGAAGUUGGACAUUUUAAUUUGGGUUUGAUUAUUGUUGGUGUUGGCUGGAAUUUGGGCUAUGUUGGAGCAUCAGUAUUGUUAACGAAAUCCUAUCGACCAGAAGAAAAAAUCAAAACACAUACAUUGUUUGAAGUAAUAGUGAUGAUUAGUAUAUCAAUAUCAUUCUUUUCAUCGGCAUUUGUAGAACAAUUUAUAGGAUGGAUGCUUUUAACUGGAAGAUUGGUUACCAUCUAUCUAUAUGCAGCGAUCUUGAUAUUGGUCAUAGAUACAACAUUCGUAUUUUAUAAAACUAAAAGCAUAAGAACAGAAAUAACAACUAAUGACAAAGAAGUAGAAAUUCCAGUAUUAACUAUAGAAGCAGCAUAA